CAGUUCCUGUUCUUCCGAUGAUUUUCAACGUCCUCGGGCGCAGGGCGGUGUCGUACGAUUACUUCCGGUUCGCUGGACGACCUUGAGCCCCUCGGAAGCGAGAUGGCGGUCUUGUUGAGGCUGAGCGUUCUCAGCCGGGCGCAAGGAGGCCGAGCUCUGUUCCUGCGAGCACCAGUGGUCAGACCUGCUCUUGUCUCAGCAUUUCUCCAGGACCAGCCUAUGCCAGGAUGGUGUGGGAUGCAGCACAUUCACCUGUCACCCAGUCGCUAUUCUGAUUCCAAGGCUGCCUCUCUCCACUGGACUGGUGAGAGGGUUGUCAGUGUUUUGCUCCUUGGCCUGAUUCCAGCUGCUUAUUUGAAUCCUUGCUCGGCAAUAGACUACUCCCUGGCUGCAACCCUCACUCUUCACAGUCACUGGGGCCUUGGACAAGUUGUUACCGACUAUGUUCAUGGGGCUGCAACGCAGAAAGCUGCCAAAGCCGGCAUUUUGGCACUCUCAGCUUUAACCUUUGCUGGGCUUUGUUAUUUCAACUACCAUGAUGUGGGCAUCUGCAAAGCUGUUGCCAUGCUGUGGAAGCUCUGACCUUUUUGAUUUAAUACCUUGAGAAGAUUGUACACCUCUUUGCCUCUGCUCUGUCAUGCCAUUCAACUCACAAUAAGGAGGGUAUAACAGUUAAGUUCAUUCAUAAGACAAACCUCUUCUAAUGAUUAUCUUUAGAAUUUAAUCUGUCAAGGGACAAGCUUGAGAGGGCUUGUGUCAAGAAGUUGUGGAGUUAAAUUCUGUAUUUUAGUGAGUUAAUGAUGUUUCCAAUUUCUCCCAAGACUCAUUUUAUAAACACUCUGUUAUAUAACAUAUAAUUCCUAGAGGGAACUCGGUUUUGUUAUUAUAAAUACCAGAUUAUUGGUCCUGGAGAACAGUGGAAAAGGGAAAGAUGGUAAGAGAUUUGACAUAAAUAUUUUUGCAAGUGUCCUCCUCUGUUUCAUUGAUGUCAGUUACUGAUGAUUACAUGUCCUAGGGAAAAUUUAAAAUUAGGAAAUGCUAUUAUUUCACAUACUGAUUUAUCAUAAGUUCCAGGAAGGGAUCUGGAGAACUUUAAAUAUAAAGAAGUUCCGUGUAGGGCCCAUGAAAUAACUCACUUGGAUAAAGUGCUGCUUUGCCAUGUGCACAACGUCUAAGUUUGAGCCUGGCCCCUACUGCUUUGAAGAAAACUUUGGUGCUGUGUUCUCUUUCAUUCUGUUAGAGGUUGCAUGCUUGUGACUUCACAGGCCAAAGGUUUAACCACCUUAUGCCAAAGCUGAGCAUUGCUCUAGUUCUUUUUCUCAUAAGUAAGUAGAUAUUUUUUUAAAAAUCAAAUCUGAAGAGGCUGGCAAAAUUAGUUAAUAAAGAACUUCCAUGUAUGAAAGAGGUUCUCUUACAGAUGUAUAAAUGCUACCAAAAAAACUAAAUUGAGAUUUAAUGUUUUUAUUUGCUUGUUCCAAAAUAAAAUAAUGUGUCCACACAGAUAUAA